CUCCGCCGCCGCGAUACCUGCGCAGAAGGUUCCCUUGACACGCACCAACCGAAAUUGCGAUGGCUCACUUGCUUCUCCUACUGAAUUGACUGAAUCAUUUGGCUUUGCCAACCUCGUUUAACCGGCAUCCGGUAAACUGGUCGCAGCUGUUGUCUUACAGGGUGCAACGCCUAGCGGUACCUAUAAGGUCCGGCUCAUUCAGGCUCCGAUGCCGUCGCCUUGCUAUGAUAUUCCCAGCACCACAUUGAUCACGGACAGCUCAGGCAAUGGGAAUACAAACUUCCAACAACCGGUGGAUCCGAGUGCGACAGCCGCAUUUGUUGAUCUUAACAACCUGGCCCAUCCCAACGAUGACUACUUCACCACUAAUCCGAAUCACUUUAAGCUUUCUCCUCCAGCAUAGAGGGGAUGAUUUUGAACGUCAAUAGCCUGCUGUGUACUGUCUGUUCCUGUUUCUGCUUUACUUCAUGUAUUUGAGGUAUCAAAG